AUGGAGAUGGGAACGAGAAGAAACAGGACAGAGAGGAGAAAAGGGAGCAAUCUGUCCAAAAACAGACAACAAAAUCACCAGAAAAUCGAAAUAAAGGUAUACCGCCAAAAGGAAAUCGAAGAGGCAGUGGGAACCAGCCUGGCUCCAAAACCAACGGUCCUGGACACAACGCAGCUCGUAGAGGCUCUGGUAUGCAAGGCGAAAAAGCAGCAGAAGGGAGGCAAGACCAGGUUGACUGCAGGCAGUUCUACGGCCAAGGGGCCAUCCCGGCAUCCUCCUGCUGUGAAAAAGCCUAGCAACGGUGCUCAAACACAAACCAAUAACACUCCUGGGCACAACGCAGCUCGUAGAGGCUCUGGUGUGCAGCGCGAAAGGGCAGCAGCAGAGAGCCAGAGAUUGACUGCAAAUGGUUCAGCAGCAAAGAGGCCAUCCCAGCAUACUUCUGCUGCAAAAACGCCUAGCAAUGGUGCUCAAACAAGCAACGGCUCACAAAGAACAGAAACAGCAACAAACAGGCAACAGCAGACGGGCAACCUUACUCAGAAAUUAACUGUGAGACGGCCUGCCCCAGUUGCUAACAGUGAUGGUGGUCAGAUUUCAAAAGUGAAAUCUUUAGCUACCACAGAAUAG